AUGAAGUUCUCUGCCAUUAUUCUCGCUACCCUUCCCCUCUUUGCGAUGGCUGUUCCUUUGACUGGCGCUGCCGAACACCCUGAAUGGCCUGCUAAUAACGCUAUUCGUCCUGGCCAGAUGCCCAGCGACGAAGUGGAAAACAAGGAUUUCGUCUAUUGGCGUCGUUCGGUCGACCACCCUGAGUGGCCUGCUAACAACGCUAUUCGUCCUGGCCAGAUGCCCAGCGACGAAGUGGAAAACAAGGAUUUCGUCUAUUGGCGUCGUUCGGUCGACCACCCUGAGUGGCCUGCUAACAACGCUAUUCGUCCUGGCCAGAUGCCCAGCGACGAAGUGGAAAACAAGGAUUUCGUCUAUUGGCGUCGUUCGGACGACCACCCUGAGUGGCCUGCUAACAAUGCUAUUCGUCCUGGCCAGAUGCCCAGCGAUGAAGUGGAAGACAAGGAUUUCGUCUAUUGGUAA